CCGAGCCUUCGACACAGCAAUAUGACCUUGGCCAUCGAUCUUCUCAACCCCUCUGUUGAACACGAAAAGCGUUCUCACAAGCUCAAGAGACUCGUGCAAUCUCCCAACUCCUACUUUAUGGAUGUUAAGUGCCCUGGUUGUUUGAACAUUAGCACUGUUUUCAGCCAUGCCCAAACUGUUGUCCUCUGUUCUUCUUGUGGUACUGUCUUGUGCCAACCCACUGGUGGUCGUGCUCGCUUGACUGAAGGUUGUUCUUUCCGUAGAAAGGCCAACUAAAGCGGUGCACUCUUUUUUCUUUUUUUCUCUCUCUCUCUUCUCUUUCUUUUUUUGUAAUGAAUAAAAAAAAAAAAGAAGAAAAAUGACACCAUAAGCUUGUUUGAUAUAAAAGAAGGAG